GCGGGGCUAUGAAUCCCUCCCUGAUGACCUGGAGAAUGUGGCGGAGAAUCUCUUCAAAAUCCUGCAGGAGAAAGGCAAAUCAAUCCUCCCUGGUGAAGGCUCAAGCGUCAUCGACAUCCUGGGAAUGAUAGAGAUGGCGGAAGAGGUGGUUUCCCUGCCAGUGUUCCUGGGUAUCCUGCAGACUGUGGUCGGCCAGAGGAACGCCCUCACCUAUUCCGUGAGUUACAUCAUAGUCCUCCGCUGUCCAUGAUCUAACUAAGCACUCACCAUUCUCUCUCUCUCUCUCUCUCUCUCUCUCUCUCUCUCUCUCUCUCUCUUUCUAACGUCUCAUCACCAAUACCUAAAACAACCACUGUCGUCCCUCCCUGUCUCCCCCACAGGACACUUGGAGGAUGCUGAACCUGGCUAUGAGACACCUGAGGGUCGUCGUGGAGUCUCCCGCAAACGAGGGUGAGGAGGUGCGGCUGCCCUCCCUGGCGGUGAAGGUGGCACCCCUUCGCCCUGAUAAGAACCAAAUCUUCCUGAUGGACAGUGACGCAGCGAACUCCUCUGAGACCAACAGAGGCGAGAUACGUCUGCAGGUGAUGUGGGAGGUAGGCCCACACGAGAAAAAAUCCUUGACGGAGGAAGAAAUGCUAAGGACGCAGAGUAUGGUGAGGAAAGGGAGGCUGGAGAGAAAGGAAGAGGAACACGAGGUUAGAGAGGAAGAGGAGAAGGAGGAGGAGGAGAACCUGGAGGGGCAGCAGGAGCAGGAAGUUGGAGAGGAAGAGGAGGAGGUGGUAGUGAUGGUUGGGGUGAUGACGUUCCCUAAUUUACACUCCAACUUCUACACUCAAUCUAGUGGCACACUUGAUGAGGAUCCCGUGUUAGUGGAGGCGCCCUUGGUGGCAGUAGAGCACCAUACUACGACCACGAUCACCACACCUAGAGUCACUCCGAAUACCCAUUACCGUCUGACCACUGCCACCGUCGUCUCAUACAUCACCUACCCCACCUGUCCAGAAGAACCAAUCAUGCGGGACAGUAAGGAGAGGGCGUCGAGGGUGCCUGCCUGUGGCCGUGUGGGGAUGGUUGACAAGGCUCUUACCUGGGACCUCAAUCCUUGUUCCCUUCUGGAGGCCCCUGGCGACCAUACGUCCUCCCCUGAUGAUGGUGAAGCUGGAGCAGGGAGUGUGUGUGUGUGUCGGUGCCGUGGUCAAGGCCUCUUUGCUCUCCUGCUUGUGCGACCAACACCUCCAGAAGUACUCCAGAAGCUUAUUCCUAUGCGUGGAUGGGAGGGGCGACCUGCUGUGGCGGGGAGUUGUCUGGUGUCAGCAUCGGCAACGGUGGUGUGCCUACUGCUUCUGCUGCCCAGGGCCUCCCUCACUACCAUUCAGCUGCGUAUGCUCAAGUGCCUUGCCCUCAGCGGCGUUAACGUCACCUUCGCCACUCUCGCUGUUUGGUCCACGUCACAGGUACACUCACUGUUGUAAUACCUGCAUGAGACAACAAACAAAGGUUCUGUGCUUUAUAUUUUUCCUUGAGGUGUUGCUCUUAUGAAGGUCUUUAGGGAAGGUCACGUCCUGUUAAAGUCUCCUUACACUCUCCACUUUAUACAGGAUACACACUGCAAGGGACAAGUAUACCGAGAGCACCUUAAACCUCUUCCUCCCUGGUAUAAGGAUAGACAGUAGUUCAUACAAUAACUAACACUAUGUACCCUUACCGCAAUUCCUCCUCAACAGGUACUUAUAGAUAGUAUAGGAUAAAAAUUAACAUUACAUCACCAGUGUACUCCUCAACAUAUUCCUCCCUCCCUGGCUGGCGUGACGGGUGGGCAGGAGGUACAGGCAGGCGUAAGGGUGGUAGGGAGCUCUUGCCUUGUAUUAUGUGUGGGCGUGGGCGUGAGUCAACAGAUGGUUCUCCACCAGCAUCUGGCAGUCACCACCCACAGCAAGCCCAUCUCCCCGAUACAUAACACCACCCUCGCUG